AUGCCACCUCGACGACCUCCUCCCCUCCCGAAAUCCCUCUUCACUAAUGAUGGACCCUUAGCACCUGGGACUGCUCCCAUCACCCCCGCGCCGUCAAGCCUGCACCCUGGCAAGAUCGUCGAUGCCUCCUACGCUCCUGGUCGCUCCCAAACGUCCUACGGAAACACCAAGGUUACCGAUGUUGUUCACGCCGAAGACCAGCAAAGCUCUCAAGACGGCCAGGAUCAGCCUCGAGUGCUGGCCGGCGUACCUAUCAUCUCAUUCGAUGUCAAGGCGUCCGGUGAGGACAAGUCGAACACUCUAGAUACAGGACACAACGGUCCUGUGCAGAUCAAUAUUGAUCAGCUCGCUCCUCUCGUGAGCGAAUCGGACUGGGACGCACUGGAAGACCUGGUGUCCCGACUGAGUCAAGUGGGCGGAUCGUCUGGCAAGGCUUCGGGAGAGACGGGUCUCGAAUCGCUCAUGAACAAGAUUGGCGAGCAAGUGGCCACCUUGGGCAUGAACCCUGAAGCCGUCGAACAGAAGCCCGGUCUUCUGCCUCCCGCUCUGGUAGCCCACCUCCCCUCUCAACAACUACAAUCGUCUCAACCCUACCAAUCCUACGUCAACCACGUCUCGUCGCUCAGUCUGCACGAGAACGUUCAUCUCUUGUUGACCCCACCCGUACUCUCCAAUGUACAACCAGAGAAUGCGAAACCCGCAGGAACCUGGUGGACCGAUGUUGGAGAGCUUGACCGGGUUGUCCGAAUGUAUGUCUCGACCGCCCUCGAAUGCUUUGGGACGCACCGGCUGGUCUUUGGGUCUACCAACCCUGCCACGCUCAUCGAGUCCAACCGGCCGUUCGAGAUCGUUGCGCCCGGAGAGUGGUACACCUCGAUCGCGCGACAGGUCAUUGCAGAAUUAGUCGCAGGCGAGGGAGUCCAAGCUGCGACGGCUUCCAUGGAUGCCGUCUUUGCCAAUAACGCCUUGUCGAUCUUUACCGCUAAGUGA